ACGGCGCCGCCUCCGCCACGGCGGCCUCAGGAGGGAGAGAGCAAAGAUGGCGGCGGCGGCGGCCGAAGACCAGCAGCGGCCGCUGCAGCCGUUCGCGGCCGGGGCUGCCGCUUCGUCGGGGGGCGCUUCCUCCUCCUCGCAAGGGUCGUCUGGAGGGCCCGGGUCCAACCCUCUCUCUCGCAAGCUCCGCAAAGUGCUGGAGACGCGCUUGGAGACGGACAAGGAGAUGUUAGAAGCGCUCAAGGCUCUUUCAGUCUUUUUUGUAGAAAAUAGCCUGCGUACUAGAAGAAAUUUACGCGGAGAUAUGGAACAUCGCAGCUUAGCUAUAAAUGAAGAAUUUGUUCACAUUUUCAAACAAGUGAAAGAGGAACUUGAAAGCAUAAAUGAAGAUGUGAAGUUUAUGAGCAACUGUUGCCAGGAGAUGACCAAUCACUUGAAGGCAACCAAGGAGCAAACCCAGGAUUUAAUAGAAAAGACAACUAAGCUUCAAGCAGAGAACCAAAGGUUAGAACUGAAAGCACAGAUAGCAGAUGCUUUCAUAGCAGAAUUCCAGCUUUCUCCAGAAGAAAUGAAUGUCCUUCGAAGCACAAGAGAUGGGCCCGUUACAGAAGACUUUUUUAAGGUAUUGGGGAGAGUAAAACAAAUUCACAGCGAUGUCAAGAUUCUUCUGCGCACAAACCAGCAGAGAUCAGGCCUAGAAAUUAUGGAACAGAUGGCUUUGCUUCAAGAGACUGCUUAUGAGCAGCUUUACCGAUGGGCUCAAGGCGAAUGCAGAACUUUAACCCAAGAAUCCUGUGACAUUUCUCCAGUUCUAGCUCAAGCAAUGGAAGCUUUGCAAGACAGGGCUGUUCUCUAUAAAUACACUCUUGAUGAGUUUGCAACAGCCAGAAGAAGUGCUGUGGUCCGUGGUUUUAUCGAUGCUCUUACUAGAGGAGGUCCAGGAGGAACCCCCCGGCCUAUCGAAAUGCAUUCCCACGAUCCUCUGAGAUAUGUAGGAGACAUGUUGGCUUGGCUGCAUCAGGCUACUGCUUCAGAAAAAGAACAUCUGGAAGCCCUGUUAAAACAUAUCACUACUGAAGGAGUGGAAAAAAAUAUGCAAGAAGUGAUUGGACACAUCACAGAAGGCGUUUGCCGGCCUCUGAAGGUUAGGAUUGAACAGGUGAUCGUAGCUGAACCAGGAGCAGUCCUGCUGUAUAAAAUUUCUAAUCUUCUCAAAUUUUACCACCACACCAUCAGUAAUAUUGUGGGGAACACCGCAGCCAUGCUGUUAACUACAAUGGAAGAGAUGCAUGUCUUGAGUAAAAAAAUAUUCUUCAACAGUUUGAACCUUCAUGCAAGCAAACUCAUGGAUAAGGUUGAACUGCCACCUGCAGAUCUUGGCCCAAGCUCUGCCCUGACUCAGACCCUUGCUCUGUUGCGGGAGGUUCUAGCAUCGCACGACUCUUGCGUCAUUCCUUUGGAUACUCGCCAAGCUGACUUUGGGCAGGUUCUCUCUUGUGUGCUGGAUCCCCUGUUGCAGAUGUGCACUGUGUCUGCCAGUAACUUGGGGUCUGCUGACAUGGCAACCUUCAUGGUGAAUUCGCUUCAUAUGAUGAAGACAACGCUGGCUCUGUUUGAAUUCACAGAUAAACGGCUAGAAAUGUUACAGUACCAGAUUGAAGCGCACUUGGAUACCCUUAUAAAUGAACAAGCUUCCUAUGUAUUGAAUAGAGUGGGCCUGAGUUACAUCUAUAACAUUGUACAGCAGCACAAACCAGAGCAGGGUUCCUUGGCAAAUGUACCCAGUAUGGAUUCCAUGUCAUUAAAAGCUGCAAUGGUCCAGUUUGAUCGUUAUUUGUCGGCUCCCGAUGGGCUGCUAAUGCCACAGAUAAACUUUCUUCUAAGUGCUACCGUGAAACAGCAGAUAAUAAAACUGUCCACGGAACUAGUCUGCAGAGCCUAUAGCGAAGUAUAUUCAGCUGUAAUGAAUCCAGACAAUGGCUAUAAAGAUCCAGAAACAAUAUUGCCCAGAUCUCCUCAUCAGGUUCAAGCACUUCUCUCCUAACCUUAGCCAAAAUGGAGUUUCUCACUGUUUAAGGUCAGAAUAUUUUCAUGCAAGUACAAGAUAGGCAAUGGCUAAUUGUUUCUGUUUUUGAAAUCUUGGUGGAAGUUUGGGUGGAUAUAUGCUUGGGCUACAGCUGUGUACAAAGUUAGUCUGAUGAGAUCCCAUUGACUUGAAUGGGAUUUCUGCUGCCUUAUUAUGUGUAGUACUGCAGACAUAUUGGUAGACAGAGGCAAGAGGAAUUUUCAGAUAUUAAAUUAUUUCCAUGUUGUUAUAAACAUGAAAAGAGCUUCUUUGGGAAAGAAAGAAAUUUUUUUAAAUAUAAAUUGUGUACACCCAAAAAGCUUCCAAAUUCUAGUGACUUAGUCAAUAUUGGGUUUUGUUCCACCAUUCUUCCGCUGACAGUUUGGAGGAAGAGAUAUCAGCAUUGAGAACAAAGGGAGACGGUUUGGAUUGGAUAAGGGACGAAUGUGUGGGUGCUUCGAUGCGUUGCUUUCUGUCAUGGACACUCUUAGCAAAAAUAAAAACCCAAGUCUAAUCUUUGAAGAUCUAAUUUAUAUCACUGGCUAAAUACUAGUAGGUUUUUGCCAUGUAUCCGUUACCCAGUUGAUGGUUGCCUGGGAGUAAGUCCUGUUGAACUCAGCGGAACUCACUGCACUGUUAAUAAUGUAAGCAAACUCUGCUCCAUCAGAUCCACAUUGGUCUGUGACACCUCAUGAUAUCCACAUUGGUGACUAUUGCACCGUGGAGAAUCAGGAAAGUGUGCAUACAAACCUGACUUUAAGAAACCUGAACCUUAACCUGCCUGGUAAAUACCAUUCCCCUGAGGCUACGUGUCUUUUUAGUUUGGUGUUUGUACUGAUUGGAAAAAGUGAAUAAAAACAACCACACCAUU